AUGAACACUUUGCCCCCCGAACUGUGGCACAUGGUCUUUGGCCACCUCGAUGGCCCCGACGUCUGCCGCCUACACACAAUCAAGCCCUUCCACGAGCUGCUGGAAACCUCGUCCGACUGUUUGUGGAGCCCUCUCGUCGACGAAAUCGCCCACUACCCUUCGACCCUGCACACCCACAAGUCCGCCAAGGCUGCUCUGAUGAACCUCGCCAGCAAUAAGGAGUACACUGCGUCGUCCAAGGCAGUGUCGCUUCUAGAAACCACCUCAUCCAUCCCGUUUGACGACUCGGAUAUGUCUCUGGAGGACCUCAAGGCCGACUGUGGCUACUCCCACUCGUGUCUCAAUGGGGACACCGUCUACAUGUUGUUUUCCGAGAUUGGACCGGCCGUGCGGAUCUUCAAACACAGCGCUGAUGGCACCAAAACCACCGUGGACGUGCCCCAUGUGUUCGAGAAGGACUUGCUGGUCAAGGACGAGGACCCUUGCGAAGAGCUGGACCGACAAUACGAAAUGGAGUGUCUCGGUCACAACUCGGAGCUUACCUUUGUUCGACAAAAGUAUUUUAUCAGCGGACAAACCAACCACUACUAUGUGGACUGGACACAAGGACAGCUACGACGGCUGGAUCUUCAGAGAAACGACAAGUCCGAGCUCGAUCUGGCCACCUACAUGCAGUGCAGCAAUGGUCAGUUGUUUGUCUUGGACGGACAUACUCUCCGAAACACAAAUACCAACUCGCUUGUUCCUGUUGAGUUCGACACUCGGGCCGGACAGCCCGAAUUCGCUCACUCCACCUCGAGAUACCUGGUGAUCCGCCAGAGCGAUAGACUUUUCCACGUGGAUACGGUCCAGAGAACAGUGAGCUGUUAA